AUGGCCACAAGCAAUACGAUGAAGGCCCUGGUUCUCAGGCCCCUGACUGGAUCGCUGGCUGUGGAAGGUGCCACCGUGCCAGUCCCUGGACCAAAUCAAAUCCUUAUCAAGGUGAAGGCAGUCGGACUCAACAUGGUAGACGUCAUGAACGUAGAUCACCCUCUCGCACUCCAAGAGAUGCGCGUUGUGGGCUCUGACUUCGCAGGAGAAGUGGAGAGAGUUGGCGAAGAUGUCAAAACCCUGCACGACCCGCGUGUGAAAAUUGGCGCACGCGUUGCUGGAUUUGUUCAAGGCGCAAACUCUGCUAAUGAACGUCCCGGUGCCUUUGCCGAAUACGUUGUGGCUGAUUAUGACUUGACCUGGAAAGUCGAUGAUGACUUAGCGCUGGAAAAUGCCGCUGCUGUCAGCAUGUGUGCUCUCACUGCCGCACAGGGUCUCUUCUACCGCAUAGGCUUUCCAUGUCCGUUCUAUGGGACGUCGACGUUCGGGGACGUAGAAGAGCCUGUGUAUGUUUUUAUCUACGGCGCAACGACCAACGUCGGUAUGUAUGCUGCGCAGCUGGUUCGAAUCGCGGAGGAAACGGCGGGUAAAAAGGUCAAACUCAUUGGAGCAGCCAGCGCCUCGAAGCAUGCCGAACUAAACCGGGAGCCAUUUCAAUACGACCUUGUGGUCGAUUACAAAGAUGACAAUUGGCCACAACGGGUCCGUGAUGCGACUGGUGGGAUGGGCGUGUCGUACGCAAUUGACGCAGUAUCUGUCGGCUCAACAGUAGCCAAGGUCGAAAGCACAUUGAACUCUGAGGGUAAAUUUGCCGCUUAUCGAACUCCAGCCAUCGGGGGAUAUGACAUGUCUGCGUUAAAGAUCAAGCCUGUCAUCGGUGCGGUUUGGGAGGGCCUCGGAGCUGAGAUCAAUUAUCACGGUGCUACUAUCCCCGCCAACCCCACUGCUAGGAGCUUCGCCGCCGCGUUUUUUAGAUUUAUAGGCCAAGAGCCCCCCUCUGGCUUCAACAUACUCCAGCCGGUUCCUAUCCGUCUCAUGCCUGGUGGCCUAAGCAAGAUCAGUUUUGAUGGCUUCGCUGUGCUCCGCCGUUCGCCACUGGUAUCCAAGAUCGGAUCGGAUCAGAACGUGGAGGCUCAUUUGCGAGCGAAGUGA